AUGGCAAAUAUCGAGAAACUUCAGUUUCCGGCCUUAGAAAUAACUGGGGCAAAUUACACGGCGUGGAUAACUAAUAUGGAGCUUCAUCUAGAUUCAGAGAAAAUACUCGACACAAUAAAAGAAGGAAACAAAACGGCAUCUCAUGAAAAGGCUAAGGCCGUAAUAUUUCUGAGAAAGCACCUAGAUGAAAACCUUACGCAUGACUAUGCAAGGAUAAAAGAUCCUCUAGAUCUUUGGAAAGCCCUAAAGGAGAGGCUUGAUAACCAGAAGAAAAUAACUCUUCCCCAUGCACUCGAUGAAUGGGCGAACCUGCGGUUUCAAGAUUUUGAAAAGGUGGAAACGUACAAUUCCGCUAUAUUAAGGAUAGCGGCGCAAUUAGAAUAUUGCGGUAAGCCCGUGACGGAAGCAGAAAUGCUUGAGAAAACUUACCAAACGUUCCACAAAAACCAUUAUGUUCUACAAGAACAAUACAGAAACCGUGGAUACACGAGGUUCUCUGAACUCGCUGUAGCGCUCAUGAUAGCGGAGAAAAAUAAUGAACUCCUUAUCAAAAACCACAAUAUCCGACCCACAGGAACCAAAGCAUUUCCUGAGGUGAAUGCAACGGAUGUAAAAAAUCCGGAAAGAGGAAAUGUUUCCUAUCGUGGUCGUGGUCGUGGUCGUGGUUACGGUCGUGGUCGUGGCCAUCGAUUUAAUCGUGGUAAUGAAAGGAGUUACAACCCAAAAGGAAGGGGAUCCAACACGUGGAAUCGAUCCGAUCGUGGAAAAGGGAAUGAAGCCCAAGAAAACCCUACUCGUAAAAACGAGAACGUCUGUUACAGAUGUGGAUCGAAGGGGCAUUGGUCUCAAGUAUGCCGAACUCCUCAGCAUCUAUGUAAGUUGUACCAAGAAACCAUCAGAGGCAAAGCAAAGGAAGUUAAUCUUAAUGAGCACUUUGAGGGUACAACAUCUACAUACCUUGAGUCUUCUGACUUUAUGGACGAUGUCGACGAGGCCACUCAUCAAGAUAAUUAA